AUGGCAACUUCUUCUCCCUCGCCUACGGCGAUCCAGAUGCCUCCGCCGACCGCGACCAAGGAAGUCGACGACGGCGGCGAGAUAACAACCGCCGGCACGGCACCGCCAACAGCAACCCCCACCACGGACAGGGUCAUGUCGAGCGUCACGAACCUUGCGCAGCUCCUGCCGACGGGCACGGUGCUGGCGUACCAGGCGCUGGCCCCGUCCUUCACCAACCACGGCAAGUGCGAGGCCUCCAACCAGUGGCUCACCGUGGCACUGGUCGCCAUCCUCGUCGUCAUGUGCCUCUUCUUCUCCUUCACCGACAGCCUCUUGGGCCGCGACGGAAAGCUCUACUACGGCGUCGCCACGCCCCGUGGCUUCAACGUGUUCAACUUCCCUGGCGAGGACGAGAGCCGGGAGUGGGACAGGGACGAGCUCCGGAGCCUCCGCCUCCGGCCGCUGGACUUCGUGCACUCCUUCUUCGCGGCGGUGGUGUUCCUCACAGUGGUGUUUAGCGACGUGGGGCUGCAGAAUUGCUUCUUCCCGGACGCUAAUCGGAACACCCAGGAGCUCCUCAAGAACCUGCCGCUGGGCAUGGCGUUUCUGUCCACCUUUGUGUUCACCAUCUUCCCCACCAAAAGGAAGGGCAUCGGAUUCAGCGACAAUACUCCUCGCAGGAAGCCCGAUCACUCAAUCUAA